AUGUGCAUGGCCACAACAGCUGAGAACGACUCGGGAGAAUCUGCCUCUGGAAGUACUCAGAAAUCUUUGAAGCGAGCUUGCGACUGCUGCAGGAAACGCAAGGUUCGUUGUGAUGGAGAGAGUCCUUGUGGCCCUUGCCGAAAGGCCACCAUUCGAUGCGCGUACCUCCAAGCACCCAAGAAGAAGGGUCCAAAGGGUCUCAGGAGUGCUAGAGUGCUGCAUGCGCUGAGAAAAAUUGAUCAAUCUGCGACGCUCGCGCCCGACAGUCCCCUGAGCCCGGUUGUACUGCAGGACGGCUUCAACCAAUGGUAUGGAAGCUCAUCUUCGUCGCCAGCCCCUGCACCAAAUCACAGUCCUUUCGACGGAUCGAUGGCAACAAGUACGCCUGCAGAGCCUAUCACUACAGGAUAUGGUUAUCACGGUCCUCCGGAGGCCCAGAACUAUGCGACGCCACUUCAGAUGGAUCCUCGAGGGGUACCCAUCAACCAAGCCAUGAGCCAACUCUGGCCAGCACAACCGCCCCGACCACCUCAAUACUACUCUUCUGCUUUGGAUCCACAACCUGCAAAAUCACGUAUACCGAACCAGCGAUUCUUGCCAUAUGUGCAGCUCUUCUUCGAGCAUCUUUACUUUAUCAUGCCUGUGGUCGAUCAACAAAUCUAUCUAGACCCAUACCUUUACAGCCCGACAAAUUACAUGCCAACGGAAACAUACGGCUUUCUCUGCGCAUUGAGCGCGGCUACUCUCGUCCAGUUGGAUGCAGCAACGCCGAUCCCUGAGAUGGAGCCACUUCCUGGUAGACCUUCAACAGCAGCCGAGAUGUUCAUUGAAGAAUGCCUCAGAGUGAGACGAGAGUUUGAUUACAUCGGCAAUCCGACUACAGUCACAGUCAUGACUAGCUUCUUCAUCUUUGCUUAUUACGGCAACAAAGAGAGCAGCGAAAAGGCGUGGCACUACCUGCAAGAGGCGAUAUCUUUUGUGGAGAAUCUGGACAUGGAUGAUGAAACCCUCAUGCUCGAGCUCGACCCCCUCGAAGCGCAGUGGCGACGACGAAUAUACUGGCUACUCUUCAUAACCGAGAGAGCCUACUCGAUACAGCGUCGCAGAAACUGCCGAUUACACCCUACCAUCCAGCUACCCCUGGCCUUUGAAUCGGAAGACCCUCGCCUCCUCCAUGGCUUCGUCAACUUGGCCCACCUCUUCUCCGCAAUCGACGACAACUUCGUCAGCAUCUGGAAAGGCAGCGCUCGUCGGAAGGCCCUAUGCUCGGAGCCAUGGUUGGCAGAAACACAACGCUCGCUCGACACGGUCGCUCAUUCCCUCUCGGAUAUCACAGAGACUGCUAGGAUAGACAUUAGUGUGUCGAGGGAAUGGUUACACGUGUUGGCUUGGCAGAUGGGUGUCAGCAACGGCUUGGUCUGCGAUAAGGGACAAACAGGCACUGGACGCCUCGACUACCCCAUCGAACUCGCCAGGCGGACGGUCAACAUUAUUGAACGCGCGAACCCCUUGGUAUUGGACUCUCACGGUAUAGGCAUGGAGCAGAAACUGUCAGACAUCGCUGGUUGUCUUGCUGAUGUCCUGCAUGUAUUUUCUGGCGACAUGUCUGACACUUUUCUCUGUGGACGACAGUACCUGCAUUUAAUGCUCAACAAACUUUCCAUGAUGAGAGGCAAAGAGUCACGAUAUCUCAGGCCACUGGUGGCGAAGGCAGGGAGCAUUUUGGACAACAAUGUGCCGAGGGGUAUAGCCGCAUUACCAGCACCGGGCUUCAAUGGCAAAAUUGAAGAGGAAGAGGGCAAUGGAAGAGUGGGCCGCCAACUACAAUGGGCGCAACAAUCAUGA